AUGCAUCUGGAAGAAUGUCAAAAACACUUCCCGGAAGACAGAGAAUUCAUCUCUGAGAUUAUGCAGCAUAUAUACAUGGACGAUGCUAUAUUAGGAUCAAACUCGCUCCAGGAAGCGAAAUACAGGAUCCAAAGAGCAUUCCUGUUCUUCGACAGAGAACCGAUCGUCAACGUCAGUCAACCGACAGCUAAAUUCCUCGGGAUCCCAUGGAAUCAACAGGCAGACGUUCUCUCGGUCCCCACGGAAAAGGCAUUGAAGACGCUGAAGGCAGGCGACCCUACGAAAAGAAGAUUACUCAGGGGACUAGCCAGCAUUUUCGAUCCGCUAGGCAUAAUAGCUCCGUUGGUCAUGAAUUCGAAAAUUCUCCUGCAGACGCUGUGGAAAGCAAAGCUCGGCUGGGACUCGGUUCUCAAAGACGGACAAGCCGAGGAUUAUCGCUCCUUCAUAAGUUUAAUAGAGGAAGCAAAUAAUCUUACCGUCCCGAGACACAUGUUUCCCCAAUCCGCGAGAAAGAAAUCGUACCAGCUCCACGUGUUCUGUGACGCGUCACUGAAAAGCUUUGGAUGUGUCGUGUACAUCCGAGAAGUAGCGCCCGGGGAAAGACCAAAAAUCUCGUUCGUCGCGGCGAAAGCGAGAGUAGCUCCGGUGAAACAGUCAACGAUUCACAGACUUGAAUUACUGGCGGCACUCAUCGGAGCUCGGCUUUCAGGAAAUAUCAUCGCCUCAAUAAACCCGCCGCCAAUAUCAACACACUACUACUCCGACAAUUCGAGCGUGAUCGGAUGGAUCCGCUCCAGGCCAGAAAGCUUUCGGCCCUUCGUCGCAAACAGAAUUCGCCGAAUCCAGGCGCUCACGAACAAUGCAAGAUUCAACUACGUGAGAAGCGCCGAGAAUCCAGCGGAUAUCAUUUCAAGAGGAUACGACAUUUCCAGGCCGGAGACGAGGAAACUCUGGUUCUCGGGACCGGAAUGGCUCCAACACGAUGAAGAACGACUCGGUCAGAAAGUGGCCACAGAAAACGCUGCACUCUCUCGGAGGACCGAUAUAGCUGUCUCAGAUCCCGAAAGAAAACCGAAGGUCUCGACUUGCUUGAGCGCGGUACGAGAUCACACCGUCUCGAAACACGACGUUUCCUUCGAGAACACAUUUUCAUCGUGGCGGAAGAGCGUUCGAUUCUGGUCUCUCAUGUUACGCCUGAAGGAGAAGGCUCAUCUUGCUCGGCAACGCAUACUCAAUAAAGAGAAAGCGACGCCAACAGGAAGAAGGUUCAAUGAAAUCGAUGCCUCGGAGAUGAUAUCAGCGAGAUCAAGCCUCAUACAGCUUAUUCAGAAAACACACUUCACGGAAGAAUACGAGAACCGCUGCACGAAUAUAAAGAAGACGAGCGUUCUCUAUCAAUACACGCCAUUCUCAGACUCAAAAGGCUUCAUCAGAUGCAGAACCAGAUUAGAGCGAUCUCGCGACCUCACGGAAGAUGAAAAAUAUCCGAUAUUACUUCCAGCAGACUCUAAUCUGUCGUCGCUAAUCGUGAAGGACAUUCACGAAAACAGAUGCUUCCAUUCAGGUGGAGUCUCAGCAAUACUCCACGCCCUCAGGGAAGAUUUCCUAUUGAUACACGCUCGGCGUAUCAGCAGGAAGAUCAUUAGCAAAUGCCAGUUAUGCAAGAUUUUCAACAGCAAGGCAGCGCAGCUCCCCACACCGGCAUUACCAUCAUUUCGGAUCGAGAGGAGUCCACCAUUCCGCCACACGUUGGCCGACUUCUGUGGCCCUUUCCGUUACAAACGAGAUUCGGGCGAAGUCGGAAAAGCAUAUAUAUUGAUCUUCACUUGCGCCGUAUCAAGAGCAGUCUACCUGGAACUCACGACGGACUUGUCUACAGCGGAGGUGCUCGGCGCCCUUCAGAAAUUCGUAAACCGAUUCCCCUCCGUUCGUUUCUUACUCAGCGACAAUGGAGCUUCCUUCGUCAGGGCAGCAAAGGAAUUGAAGCUCAUUUACGAACAUAUCAAAGAAGGAAACAUCAAGAGAUGGCUAGCAAAUUCCUUCAUCGAAUGGAAAUUCGCCACUCCCGCGGCACCUUGGACACAGGGGGCAGUUGAGCGCAUGGUACAGUCAGUCAAACGACCACUACGUAAAGUGCUCGGCACGAAUAUCCCACACUUCAGGGAUUUCGAGAUCAUUAUUUCGGGCAUCGAAUCCAUGAUCAAUCGACGACCAAUUACAACAGUGGCCUCGGGCACGGACUCUAGGGAAGCGCUCAGCCCAGCUAACCUCAUUUACGGACAUUCAGGGGACUCUAUAUUCCCGCAACACUCUAUCAAACCGAUCAACCCAGUGGAUGCCGACAAAAUUGUUUUCUCGAAAAGAUGGCUAUAUCAGCAAAAGAUCAUGAAUGCAUACUGGAAAAGGUACCAGAAGGAAUAUCUACUUCAGCUCCGGACAGCCCACAACAGACUACCGUUGGAGGCUCGGCCUUUAAAGAUUGGGGAUAUUUGUCUACUAGAAGAUUCGAAUCACAACAGAGCGUUAUGGCCACUAUGCAAAGUCGUCUCAUUCCCGGAACUGGCCCAAGCUGGAAAAUCAAGAACGUGCACGAUCCGGACAGCUAGGGGCCAGCUACUGACCAGACCCAUCAGGAAUCUAUAUCCCAUAGUCUCGGACACACCAGAAACUCAAUAG